GCGUCUGCAACAGGCUUGGUAGCAACAGGUUGGUCAGCAUGUGAACAUGCCAUUGGAUAACCAAAUGAAGAUAAACAAACCAAGGGAUACAUUCUUAUGCACUGAAGUUUAAGAGGGAUCUUCAUUCAGCUACUGAAGCAUUCAACCAGGCAUUGUAUCAAGGCAAUAGAGCACCAUGUGAAAUCGUCAUAAAAUGGCUACUUAUGUACUGUGGUCAGCAGUUGUCUGGACUCUCAAGGGCCUGUUUUGCACAUGGAGAUUUUUCUGGGUCAGCCCAUAUUGUGCUCUUAAAUCCGCAGCUGACACUGACCAUAAACCCCCAUCAAAACUGACCACAGCUGUCCAGGAUGUCAAGCAUCUUGCUGGGACAAAUGUAAAUGCAGACUCAGAGAAAAAGGCCAAACCAGAAAACCGUGUUCAGCAUAAACGCACAAGUGGCCUGUUCAAGAGACUGCUAAAGGCUGAGGGGGAGAUUCAAGAACUGAAGAUAGAGAUUGCAAAUCAGAGAGCAUCAUGGGAGAUGCGGUUUGUGGAGCUCCAAAAGAGACAACAUAAUCUUAGAGACCAGUUGACCUCUGAGAUUCUGGUAAGGACUGGAAUGCCGUACAGAGACAAUGAUUCAGAAGAAACAAAUGAAGUCUUUCUAGAGUCUGGCUUGGAGAAUGGACUUUAUUCUGAGGAGAAAGAACAUGAAUGUUCUAGUGAUCUCAGACACCAGGAAAAGGGACCUGCUGUGGAAUUGCUUCGAGAUGGUGUUGACCAAAAAAGUUUGUGUGGCAGUCAAACCUCCUGCCCAUCAGACUCCAGAGCCACCUCUGCCAUGUCUAACAUCAGUGUAAGGUCUUGGAGGAGCAGAGGGGGACCUCAUCGAGUGUUUGUACCCCACUCCCCUCUGGAUCUGAAGACUGGGCACAGGGUCCGAAUCAUGUUACCCUCUGGACACAUCAGCACUGGUACCUUACGCUACCUGGGCAAUUUGCAGAAUUCUCCCGAAUACCAUCUUGGCGUAGAACUGGAGUUGGCUGAUAAUGGACAACAUGAUGGCACCUAUGAAGGACAGCGCUACUUUGACUGUGACCCUGGACAUGGUGCAUUUGUAGCAUUCAGUAAAUUGUUAAUGGCUUGGGAGUAGAUGCUCUUAUUGGAACACUUAAGUGAAGACUCUUCAGGCCACUCAAGGGCACUCUUGCAACAAUUCGCUGUAUGGAUCCACAAUAAAGCGCUGCAGUGGUGACAUCUUUUUGUAGGCCAACCCAGAAGUUAACAUCACCCUGGUUCCAUCGACAAAAGUAGAAAUGUAGCAUACACCAGUCACAUGACUUCAAUGUCGCCACCAUUGAUCUACCAACAACUCUUUCAGUCUUUGUAUAAUUUUUUUUUUUUCCUGCAAGUUUGAGUUAGAAUAUUUUGCAUGAGUUUGACUAUAAACUCGAGGCUGUAAUGAGUAAGUUUACCUGUUUGCUUUGAUGAUGUUUAAAAUCCCAGACGACCUCUGUAGUCACAUUUAGCUACUUGUUAGCAACCACCUUUAUCAAGACAAGUAAAAGCUUAAAAAAACACAAGGUGGUAUUACAGGUGUAUUUUAUGUCAUAGAAUAAAAUGUGACAAUAUAUUGAGCUUGUGCUCACCACUUCAGGCAUUUACCCAAAAACCCAUAAAAAAAACAAAAAACAAAUUUGAUUGAUUUCGGGAUGAUGGAACCGGAAGUGCUAAAAUGCUAACUCUUUCCAGGUUUGGCCUACAAAAAUAUGUUAUCCCUGCAGCACUGCUUGUGAAGAGUAUAACUCUACUAGUAGAACAAUUUCUACACCACUAGUGUCACCAAAUGUAAUAGCAAAACUACGGAGCCCGGGAGGUCACCUGUAGGAGAAA